AAUUAAGAUCAGAAAUGACAUGGGUUUGUUUCGUGGCGCCAUGUGAUUGAAACUGCAAAGGGACAAGAAACAAGACAAGAGAAGUCUUAGAAUUCCUUUGAUUUUCAAUCGCAAUUGCAAUUGCAAACCAUGUGCAAAGAUAAGCAGCUGGAUCCUGUUCCGGUACUCGCAUCACUUCCUCAAGAUGUUACCUUCAAGAUUACUUCACUUCUUCAGGUGCGGGAUUUGUGUGCCUUAGGUUGUUGUUCCAGAUUCUGCAGAGACCUUUGCUUCUCUGAUUGCAUUUGGGAGUCUCUUGUCAGAACCAGAUGGCCUUUACUCGCACUCGCACCAUCAUCAUCGUCUUCGUCUUCUUCUUCUACUUCUGCUACCUCUCCCAAUCCCAAGAAGUGGAGAAAGUUUUACUUCGAGAGGCACGUCGAGUUGGGACUUAGGGCAAGGACAGUUGAGAUGUUUCUGAAAGCUUGCUCACCUUCUGAAUCACUUGAGGUUGGGGACUAUCUGAAAGCCGUUGAUACCUUGGUUGGUUUGAGGUUUGGUUUUGAAGACAUACAGAGGUACCUGUUCAACCCUAAAAUGAAUGUGCUGAUUAACUUGGUUGGACUGCAUUACUGCCUCUCAAGCCUUGGCAUAAGGGGUGAAAAUCUUUUAGAAGUCCUUCGCACUUGUGAGAUCUCAGAUCGGCGCGUGGUUGUCAAGUGGUGGAAACUUGGUAGAUGGUUACAUGGCUACCGUAUGAGGGAUGAGUUUCAUUCUCGUUGGGUUUCUUUGGCUGAUUUAGCAACACAAGAUGAUGGGAACGUUUUGGGGGUGCUUCGCCGAGGUACUAUUCACGAGGUUUUACGUGUUCAGAUCUCUGCUGUUGGUCAUACCACAACAUCUUGGUCCUACCAGCUUACCCACAGAUUGCAAUAGCCAUAGGGAGAUCAUAUCAACUACUAAUGCUGAUGAGAAAUUCUAUUCCCACAAUUGUUUUCUACUCAUUCUUAUGAAAAUUAGUUGUAGGAAUAGAAUGACUCCAUGCUAAUAUCCAAGUAUUACUGUGUGUAUAAAUAAUUCUUGUUUUUUAAAUUCCUUUGGCAAUAAUACAUGUAUAGUAUGUAUCAUCAAAGACUGGAAGAAUAACUAGUUAUAAUGCUUCUUUUCUUCUUCACAUGGCAUAUGUAUAAAGUCCAUAUCCUCAUUGUCCAUAACAGAGAAUUCACUGAGUUGUUUUAUGGAAGCACUUCAUACAAUGAAAAGAAGGCAUGAAGGUUUUGGCAA